AUGUCGCAGCCGCGCAUGGACGACUCGGGUCAUACGUCCAGGAACAACUCUGCCCAUUCUUUGAAUAGUGGUCUCAUUCCCCGGGACUAUCUUGCGCGAUCGGACAUCGCGCGUCCCGGAUCUGGCUCCCGUCACAUCUCACCUUCGCCUCUACAAACCAGCUCGCUCCCACAAUCCUAUAUUCACGACUCGCCUUCAUCUCAUAGCCCCCUCUCGCUCAGAUCAAGUGCCAACGCUUCCCCCUCCCAGAAUCGGUCGCCUAUCUCCCGUAUAGUGAAUGCGCCGUUCCCCGUGCCCCCCUCAAGCUCGGCUCACCCUGUCGCCCAAAUCCCGGAUAUGACAAGUACGGACACAGCGGACAUGGCAAACAUGCCGGGCGAUAGCAACUCACCUAAGCCGCCGGGGUUGACCGAGCCUGAUCGUUCUGCAUCAUCCUCCGUGAGCUCUAUCCUGUCAGCGCCCGGUGACCGUCCGACGCACCGCAUCAUGCCUCGCACCUCUUCUAUCGAUUCGGCCAUUUCAUCGUUAUCUUCCGCCUCUCAAAAAUCGGCUUUUGACGCCAAUGCUCUAAGCCCAGCCGAUAUCAGUAAUCUCAUCAAUGCUGCGGGUUCCGCGGAGGCUGUUAUUGUGCACCUCCUGAGAGAGAAGCACCAAGCCGCCUCUCAGAACUCACAGCUUUGGAAGCUGGUCGAUAAACAGCGCACCCUUAUACUAGGUCUCAACAAAGACCUAGAACGUGCUUUCAAGGAGAAGGAAAAAUACAAGAAGAAGCUCAAGGAUUUACAGGACUCGGCGCCUCCGCUACCAACCACUGAUUCAUCCGUACCACGAUCCAUCUUAGCUGAUGUAGACCAUCAAAGAUCGAUUCCAGGAGUGAAAAGGGAGAGCGAACGACGUCAAGCUGAACAGCCGUCCAUCGUCCCAUCCCCCUCGACGUCCGGUACUACUCUUGAAGGCAUCUCAGGCCUCAGUCCAAGAACUGAAGCUGCGUCCCCAGUUGCAAGUGAAAUACAGCGACUACCUCAGCCGAACCGCAAACCGCCACCUGCACCACUGAAUCUACGAUCAGGGGACACUCGAUUAGAGCCUGCAGAGCCAGAUUCGGGAUCCGAUUAUGGCGACACUCAGGACGCAGAUGGAAGACCAAGCGUGGACCGUGGAAGGAGACAGACGCGAGAAGAAGACGACCGGGACCGCGAAGCUGACCUGCUUGAAGAAAUGAACAACCUUGACGCUACUGAAUCGACUGAAUUUGGGGCCACAUCUCAGAGCUCAACGGAUACUGCUACAUCUGCAAGUCCGGUGACGGCUCCUCGUGAAUUAGCAACGAGGUCACCCCCACCUAUAAGCGGAUCUGGCCCCUUGGGACCCCUUUUGAACUCUCGAGUCAAUCCCUCCAGUUCGAUUGGGCGUCAGCACGUUACCAUGCCUAAAAGCCCUGGCCUUCCAUUAAGCCCAAGGCCCGAAGAUCGACCCAUCGGCUCGCCUUUGCCCCGGAUGCCCAGAGAUAUAUCAGCGGGGUAUAAUCCCUCGGGACUACCUCUCUCUCCAAAAGCCUCAAAUUACCCAGUCCCAUUUCAGCCUGGAGAUUAUCAAGCUAUGACCGGAAGGCCUGGAGGCCCAAUUCCCUCGAUUGAUCCAGCUGUCAAGAUAGACAGUCCAAGAACACCCGCGUUUACGGAGAGCAGUAUAUAUCAGGGCUUGGUUUCAGAGGAGUAUCCUGGUUUGCUUUUGCCUCCUAACGCGCUUCCUGUGAUCCAGGUUAGAGUGUCUUCGUCUCGGCUUCGACCUUCCAGAAAUAGCUAUAUGGUAUCUAAGCCCCUAGACGAGGAACCCGUGUUUACACUCAGUGUAAUCUCCCGAUCUGAUAUGGUUGAGCUUUGGCGGGUCGAGAAGGUCAUUGCUUCCCUGCCUCAGCUGGAUUAUCAAGUGAGACAAAUGGCUUCAUUUUCUGGCAGGUUGCCUGAUCGCAGCAUCUUCAGUGGUCACUCGCCUGCCAAAGUGGAUGCCCGGCGUGCUGCCUUGAAUUCGUACUUUGACAGUCUCUUGGACACGCCUAUGGACGAGAAUGCUGCAGUUGUUAUUUGCCAAUUCCUCACAAAUGAUGCUAUUGAGCCUCGAGAUGAUGAGACAAGCUUACUUAAAGGCCAUAGCCUUGGGAAACCGGACAUGCUCCGGGGUCCGGACGGGAAACCUCGAAAGGAGGGCUAUCUGACCAAGAGAGGCAAAAACUUUGGAGGCUGGAAGGCCCGAUAUUUUGUCCUUCAUGGACCAGAUCUGAAAUACUUUGAGUCUCCCGGUGGCCCUCACAUGGGUACCAUUAAGCUUCAUCAUGCACAGAUCGGCAAACAAUCACAAAAUUCCAGCAGUCAAAGUCAGUCACCCCCGGGUGCUGAUGAGGACGCUGACAAUCAGUAUCGACACGCGUUCCUCGUCCUGGAACCGAAAAAGAAGGAUUCAUCGGCGCUUGUUCGACAUGUCCUUUGCGCCGAAAGUGAUGAGGAGCGUGACACAUGGGUUGAUGCCCUGAUGGAAUAUGUGGAAUCCCCUUCCUCGGACAACGAGAGCCGUGGUAAUUCUUCUUUAAAAAAUCAAUCCCAGACUCAGUCGAAAAACACCUCCAACGCCGCCCCAAAGUCCAAUGUGCCUUCUAGCAACGGGAGCAAGCGGUCUGGUAGAGGGGUUGAAAGUCCGGAUCAAAGUGCCGGGGGAUCUGUCCAGGGAUUCAGCUUUGACAACACUGUUGCGGCCGAACCUCCUAUACUAGGAUCCUCUCUCGAGCAGGCCCCUCGCUCUCCGCGUAUCCCAGCUGCUCUGUCGAUGGACUUCCGAGAGCUGAAUCAGUCCCCUGUUGAGACACCGCAGUCCCCUAAGAUCAUCUCAGCGCCCACGAAUGGUGUCGUGAUUCAAGAUGUGGGAGCUUGGGGCAAUAAGCCCACGUCGACAAAGGAAAAGAAGCGCAGCAUUUGGGGAUUCCGCACGCGAUCUUCCUUUGAUCUUGCUUCGCAGGCCUCAGUCGAAGUGUCUACAGCGAACGCUAAUAUUCAAGCCGAGCGACGAGAGCAUGUCAAACCGGUAUUCGGCAUUCCUUUAUCUGAAGCUGUGCAGGACUGUGGACCUUACGGGAUCGAGGCAGAGUUACCAGCCGUCGUCUAUCGCUGCAUCGAAUACCUUCAGGCCCAAGGCGCAGCAUCGGAGGAGGGUAUUUUCCGCUUGAGCGGCUCCAAUGUUGUGAUCAAGGCACUUAAAGAACGCUUCAAUACCGAAGGUGACGUGGACUUUUUGGCUGGAGAUCAGUACUACGAUGUUCAUGCUGUUGCUUCUCUCUUCAAGCAGUACCUCCGAGAGCUUCCAACGACGGUUCUGACGCGGGAGCUUCAUUUGGAUUUCCUCCGUGUUCUUGAACUCGAUGAUCGCCAGAAGAAGGUCACUGCCUUCAAUUCAUUGAUUCACCGGUUACCGAGGCCAAACCUGGCAUUGCUGCGAGCAUUGUCGCUCUUCUUGAUCGAGAUUGUCAACAAUUCCGAUGUGAACAAGAUGACCGUCAGGAACGUCGGCAUCGUCUUUGCUCCCACCCUCAACAUUCCGGCGCCGGUCUUCUCAAUGUUCCUCACCGACUUUGACAGUAUUUUCGGCGAAGAUUCCGGUCCCGGUCCAUCGACUGUGGAGCUGAACGUUGACCACAGUUUGUCACCGGACGAUGUUCGUUCUCCACGUCACCAAAUGUUCUCGGAUAUACCGACUCCCUCGUAUAAUCAGACCUCGUUCCGAGGCUCGGGUGAUGCGCCUACGGGCCUCGACCAUUCUCGACCCCCCCACGAGGCCGGCUUUACUCCUAUGCAACCUUCUUACGACCAGGCGGGGUAUAGGCAAGACGUGUACAAUCAACCCACGGCAGCCUCGGGCCCAUUCUCUUCACUGAAUGGCAUGCUGUCUCCUAGUUCGGAUGACACUCGCUCGGCAAAGGCAAAGAGGCGAGAGAGCUCGAUGCUUUUCAUGGAACACACACCAGAAGAUCUCUCCUUCUACCAAGGCAAAUAA